CAUCAUGGGUAUGGUACAGAAAAGAAAGAAGAUGCACUCCGGUGAUACUCACCUGCAGAGACGCUGGCGUGUACGUAAUCGUACCCGUGAUCUUGAUCUAAUCGACCAAGAUUUACAAAACCAAUCGGCAGAGCUCAUCAAUCAGCCAGUCGAUUUGGAAAAGCCCGGUUUUGCUCAAUUCUAUUGUGUCCAUUGUGCCAAGUACUUUAUCGAUGAUAAUGCCAUGCAAACACAUUUCCGUUCCAAGGUACACAAGCGACGCCUAAAGGCCUUGGAAGUGGAACCCUAUUCCAUAGAAGAGUCCGAACGUGCUGCCGGUUAUGGAUGUUAUCAGAAACCCAAGAAACGUCGUAUGGAAACACAACCAACCAAAGAAGAAGUUAAACUUGGUAAACGCAUUAAGGUUGAGACUAUUGCUGAGGAGGAAGAUGGUGGAGCUAGUACAUCGAAAAAGGCGAAAACACAAAAAAUGGAAACAUAA